AUGCCUGGCGUCAACGGAGUGAGAGGCGACGAGGCAUCUGGGUCUGGGCGAGGAAAUUACUCGAGAAGCGACAGUAGCAGCGCAACGAUGUCUGAGCCUGGCAUUCUGCGCCAUCCAGCUACCAAUGCGCGGAAAUUGAAUACAGAUAUCCCUAACAUCUUGCCUCAUGAGAGGGUAUUCCCCAUUCAGAUAGGAACCGAGUUGUUCAGGCUGAGCGGCGCGAGCCUCAGCUCUGAUGCACCCUCAUACUUUUCCCAGUUUUUCCAGUGUCGGCUGAAAGAAGCUGAAGAGAAGAAUAAUGGCGAUACAAGCCAGAUUCGGACGUUGUAUAUUGAUCGUGAUCCGGCCACUUUCAGGGACAUCUCACUGCAUUUGCAGGGUUAUCAUGUGGCUCCAAGAGAUGGAAGUCAUUUCGUCAAGCUAUUUGCUGACGCUCAAUUCUACAGCUUACCACGAUUGAUAUCACAACUCUAUGAAGAGAAUAUCUUCAUUUCAAUUGGGGGCCGUGACUUUCAAAUCCCUCGGGAACUCUUUUCAGAACCGGGGAACUCGCCAAAUUACUUCUCUCUUGGAUUUGCUGUAUUCUUUAGCAGUCCCACUGAAGUUUUUCCGGGUCUGAAUAGAGAGGGUUUAUUACGUCCACCAUCGAUUAUGCCCCCAUCAGUACCUAAUCGCAGUGCUGAUACAUUCGCACAACUACUCCACCUCCUACGUGGUUACCCCCUUCACAUCAAAGAUGAGGACCAUCGAGCCGAGCUCCUUCGCGACUGUAGAUAUUUCCACCUAAAGGGACUCGAGCAAAAGCUCCUUCGACACUCCAUUUCAUUCAACCUCUGCCGCAAACGGGAAGAAAUUACUCUCCGCCUCGAAGACGUCCGCCAAUCCGGCAUCUCGAUAGUCGGCGACGCAUCAGCAACUCCUCCACCCGAGUCAAUGAACACGCCCACCUACAACCCCUCACAAAGUCUAGUCGGCUACGUCAACUAUGCCCGUCCAUUUGUGGACGACCGCGCUUACGAACUCGUCCUCGAGAUUGGAGACGAAUGCACGAGACUACACUUAUCGUCUAUGCGCUGUGAGUUCUUCAGUGAUGGCAAAGCACGCAUAUCACGACUCUUCGAAGUCAUUGCCACGAAACUCAACUUGCCAACUUCACAGCCACUAGGUUUAUUGAUGAAGAAAGGUGGGGCGAGCUCUCAGCCUGCUAGUCCUGGGAACACGCCUAUUAGCGAGGACUGGGUACGUUGUAUUAUUGAUGAGAACUCAUAUAUCUGUCUCGAUGGGAAAGAAUGGCAUGGCCAGAUCCCAGAGCCGGAUAAUAGCAGUGUGGGGAGUAGUGCAAGCUCUGUUGCUGGUUUGGACGAUGCGUAUGGUGAGCCUACGAGGAAGAGGCGGCGGACAGAUGGGUCCACGAUUGGUGGUUCUGGAGGUGAGGAGAAAGAAGUCUGGGUAGUAAGGAGGGGACAGUGGCGGUUGCGGGUGCAGAAUUCGAGGAGUAGGAAGGGAGGUGUGGAGUGUGUGCUUGUGGCUGUAAGUCUCGAGGCAUUUGCCUUUGAGAGAGGAAGGAAUGCACAGAGGGCAUUUUUGGCGGGAUAG